AUGGAAAAAGAUAAAGAAAACCCCGCCGUCGAAUCUGAGAACCGGGAGGAGAGAAGUGCCGCGCAGGGUUGCGCGACGCCGGCGCGAAAUGGAGCCAAGAAAAGCGAAGAGCCGGGGGAGGAUUCAGGCUACAGACGGGUCUUGGAUGAGGCGAGGGAAAGCCAGAAUCAAGUGGAGCGAGGUGAAAAGAGAGUUACCAGCCUGCAGAGCAAUGGGACGCAGUUUGUUACCAAUGUUCAGGUUGCUGCCGAUGCUAAAGAGUCCAAACACAGGACUGAAUUGAGAGAGGCUCGGAGACUCAGAGUUGAAAAACUAGAGAGAGAGGCCAAGUCUGGCAUGGAGAAGUUUGAGGAGAUCAUCAAAAAUUGGUCCCAAGAUAAACAGAAGGUGAUUCCUCAGGAGUUGCAUGAGGCUCUUGAACGUCAGAAGCAGCUGUGUGCUGUGCUCCUGCAGGACAAGAACAAAUUCAUCCAUGAACUGCAAAAGGAGCUGAAAUCCAGAGAUGACUACUAUGUUAAAGACUUGAACAGGCAGAGAGAAGAAGUGGACCUGAUUAUUGAGAGGAUGGAAGACCAGAUUAAAACCCAGUCCAAGACCAACAGGGAGGAGCUGAACCAGAUUGAGAAUGCAUAUGAACAGGAACAUAAGGUCUUACUGACUGGCAACAGGGAGAAAUGGGAGCAGCUCAUGAAGGAACGUCGUGACAAAGAGAUGGAGAAGCUGACUGAAAGGAUGAAAAAGGUGGAGGAGUAUGAGGCACAGCUCCAGCAGCUCAGGGUGGAGAAUGCUGAGGAGUACAAUGAGAUCAAGAACAAACUGGACACUGAUGUUCAUCUCAUGGAGCAGCAGCUGGAGCAGAUGAAAUUCACCCACCUGCUGAACCAGGAGAAACUGGAGUACAACCUGCAGGUGCUGAAGAAGAGAGAUGAGGAGAGCACCAUCACCAAGUCCCUGCAGAAGAGGAAGAUUACCAGACUGCAGGAUAUACUGAACAACCUAAAGAUUAAGUGUGCCAAUCAGGAGAGGCAGUCCAGUGAGGAGAUUGAGAUUUUAACUGAGGACAACAAACGCAUCAUGCGCCAGUACAAAGACAUACAGAAGAAAAUGAGGCACUUUGCAGCUGUUGAUGCUAAAAGGUUUGAGGAGGUGUGGCUGAUGAAUGAGGCAGAGGUGAAAGAGCUGGUAGAGAGAGCUGUGGACAUAGACCAGGUCAUCCACCAGCAGCUGCUUGGCUUAGCCUGGGAGCGGCCUCAUAUGACCUUCAUGGAGCUCUCAAACCCAGUGCAUCCCCAGAAACAGGCCCUGAGGACGACCCGCCAGAGCCGGAGCAGCAAAGAGGAGGGUAUGGAGGAAAGUACACCAAAGGGGAAGAGGGCGGUAUCGUCAAAGACAGUGAGGAAACUGCUGAAUCUGUUGUGUGAUGAGGCGGGCUUCCUGAUAGAAGGUAAACUUCUGAAGCUGCUGUCUCCGCUGCAGAAAGAUGAACAAUCGCUCAUGAAACUUGAUGCCAUCUUCUCUGCCAUGGGUGUUGAAAGUGAAGAUGAUGUAGACAAGCUGGCUGAGUUCUUCUUUACAUUCGGACUGCAGCAGAGAAAGCAGGCUGAGCAGGAUUCUUGGGCAGAUGCAGGUGAAUACGCUGCCAAGACAGAGGGUGGAGAAACCAGCACUGCCACCAGCCUGACCUCUGACCUUAUCCAUCCUAACCAUGUCCUGGCCGCUCUGAAAGCUUUCACUGCCCAGCACUGUAGAUCCAGGGAGUGUUCGGCCCCCACUCAGUCCAGUUUGUCUGCCCUUGGAGGCAGGGAUAAUGCUCAGGAUGCAGCCUAUUGGGAGAGUAUGGCCAACGCUAUCCCCGAAGCCAAACUCAAGACCUGGGACGCACUGGAGAAAGCACUCGAGAAGUACUAUGCUGUCUUGACAGAGAGAGCUGAACUCAUCACCAAGAAUGACGGUCUAAAACGACAAAAUGACGAGCUACGGCUACUACUGCAACAAUCUCUCAACUCCAAAGCCCCCGUCCCGUGACUGGCUGGUUGACUGUCUGAUGCCACACAGGCCCAUGCGAUGAGGUUGGCUACUGAAGGACACAAAAAAAAAAAAAAAGUGAAAAGGGCUUUG